AUGGGGCCUCGACACAGCAAUGGGCACACCACGCCCCCUUACAACACCAUUCUCCCCGAGUCUCGCGUCCUCAUCAUUGGCACGGGAGGCACCAUCUGUAUGCAAGAAGGGCCAGAUGGGCUUCAGCCGUCCGAGGGAUUCAUGGACAGUGCAAUGGCCCCCCGCCCAUCGUUCAACGAUCGGUCAGGACCAUCCUUGGGCCUCCCGGCCAAGCACAAGGGCAAGGACAUCACGGUACCGUCCCUGCGCACGCCCCCGACGGCGUACAACCGCCACAUUCGCUACGGCAUGGUCGAGUUCGAUCCCCUCCUCGACUCCUCGUCCAUGUCGGCGAGUGACUGGGCCGCCAUCGCCCUCGCCGUCCAGCAGAACUACCACCUCUUUGACGGCUUCGUCAUCUUACACGGCACGGACUCUCUGGCCCACACAGCCUCGGCUCUCUCCUUCAUGAUGAACAACCUGGGCAAGCCCGUCAUCUUGACAGGCUCCCAGGCGCCCAUCUUUGCGCUCCAGUCCGAUGCUGUCGAUAACCUCCUGGGCUCCCUCAUUAUCGCGGGCACAUUCGUCAUCCCCGAAGUGGCACUCUUCUUCCACCACAAAUUAUACCGCGGGAACCGGACCACAAAGGUCUCGUCAGCCUCCUUCGAGGCCUUCGCUUCGCCUAACUGCGAGCCCCUGGCCAGGGUCAACGGGCUGGGCAUCGAUGUCAACUGGCCGCUCGUUCUCCGGCCCACCACCAUAUCCCCUCUAUCCGUAGCGACCGAUCUCGAUACUACCCACGUCGCAUCUCUGCGCAUCUUCCCAGGCAUCAAGGCGGAGAUGCUCGACGCCGUCCUGCGUCUGCCUGAUCUUCGAGGCCUGAUUCUCGAGACAUUCGGCAUGGGCAAUGUGCCCGGCGGCGCCGACGGGCCCCUGACCCGCGUCAUCAAGUCCGCCAUUGAACGCGGCGUCAUCGUCAUGAACGUCUCCCAGUGCGUGGCAGGCUUCGUGUCGCCAGUCUACGCACCUGGCACCCACCUCGGCCGUGCCGGUGUCGUCUUCGGUCUGGACUUGACCGUCGAGGCAGCUCUCACCAAACUCUCGUACCUCCUCGCUCAACAAGGGCUCUCCAAGGCGGAGAUCACCGCUCGUCUCGCGCGCCCCAUACGCGGCGAGAUGACCGAGAUGCCACAACCAAGCUUCUCGCACCCUACUUCGUCGCUCUCGGCUGCGUCCGAACGUCUCACUGUCGAAAAGUCCGCCUUUGCAGCGCUUGGGUACGCCAUCGAGGAAGGCGACGCCGCUGCCGUGCGUGACCUGCUCCAAGGGGAUGGCGCGCAGUUGUUGACGCAAGCCGACUACGCAGGGAACACCGCCGUGCAUCUGGCAGCGGUGACAGGCAAUGUCGACAUCGUGAGGGACCUGCUCGAGCGCGGGGCCAGUGUCCACGAACGCAACAAGGCGAACAACUCGCCCCUGUUCCUGGCUUCUCUGUCAGGGAAAGAUGAGUGCGCGCAGCUCCUCAAGCAGGCCGGCGCGCACCUCUCGGUGGAAGAGAUUGAAAGGGGUCCGUGGAAAUCUUCAGCCGGAUAA